AUGGGUUUAGAAGAUAAUGCGCUUAUUAGAAAGUAUGUCAAUGUCGGGGAAAAAAGGGCUGGGUCAGCAUCUAUGGGGAUUUUCGUAGGUGCCUUCGCAGCUUUCGGGGGUGUUUUGUUCGGGUAUGAUACUGGAACCAUUUCAGGUAUCAUGGCCAUGAACUAUGUCAAAGGAGAAUUUCCUGCCAAUAAGGAGAGUUUUACGUCAAAAGAAAGUUCGUUGAUUGUUUCCAUCUUAUCAGCAGGUACUUUCUUCGGUGCGUUGUUAGCACCGUUUAUGUCUGAUACUUUAGGUAGAAGAUGGUCAUUAAUUAUUUCAACAUUCAUUGUUUUCAACUUGGGAGUGAUUUUACAAACUGUUUCAACUGGUAUUCCAUUACUAUGUGCUGGAAGAGCUAUUGCUGGUUUUGGUGUUGGUCUUAUAUCUGCUGUCAUUCCAUUAUAUCAAUCAGAAGCCACUCCAAAAUGGAUUAGAGGGGCUGUUGUAUCUUGUUAUCAAUGGGCCAUUACUAUUGGCUUAUUGUUAGCGGCUUGUGUUAACCAAGGUACUCAUAAUAGAAAUGACUCGGGUUCAUACAGAAUUCCAAUUGCUGUUCAACUUUUAUGGUCGUUAAUUUUGGGUACUGGUAUGAUCUUCUUGCCUGACACGCCACGUUUCUGGAUCCACAAAGGUAAUGAAUCUGAAGCUAAGAAAUCGUUGAAGAUUUUAAGAAAAUUACCACUUGACCACCCAGACUUAAUUGAAGAAUACGAAGACAUCAAAGCUGCUUACGAUUUCGAGUGUUCUUUCGGAAAAUCGUCUUGGAUGGAUCUUUUUACCACAAGGAAUAGGCAAUUGAAGAGAUUAUUUACCGGUGUUGCUCUUCAAGCAUUUCAACAAUUAACUGGUGUUAACUUUAUCUUCUAUUUUGGUACCUCUUUCUUCAAGAGUGCUGGUAUUGAAAACGAAUUUCUUAUUUCUUUAGCCACCAGUAUUGUUAACGUAGGUAUGACUGUUCCAGGUAUCUUUUUAAUUGAAUUAGUGGGUCGUCGUUCUAUGUUGUUGUGGGGUGCUGUUGGUAUGUCGGUUUCUCAAUUUAUCGUUGCUAUUGUUGGUAUUGCCACUGAUAGUGCCGACGCUAACAAAGUCUUGAUCGCAUUCACUUGUUUCUUCAUUGCAUUCUUUGCUUCUACCUGGGGUCCAAUUGCUUGGGUUGUUGUUGGUGAGAUUUUCCCAUUAAGAACUAGAGCUAAGUCCGUUGCAUUAUCUGCCGCUUCCAACUGGCUUUGGAACUGGGCUAUCGCAUACGCUACUCCAUACUUGGUAGAAGAUGGUAAGGGUAAUGCUAACUUAGGAACAAACGUUUUCUUCAUCUGGGGUGGAUGUAACUUUCUUUGUAUUUUGUUCACUUACGUCUUCAUUUACGAAACCAAGGGUUACUCUUUGGAACAAAUUGAUGAAUUAUAUGAAAAAGUUCCACAUGCUUGGAAAUCUCGUGGCUUCAUUCCUUCUGCCCAUGCUUUCAGAGAAGAUGCUCCAGAGUCAAUCAGCUCUAUGGGAAAGGAUAUGGAAAAAGUUACUGAAAUUGAAACCACUUCAGUCUAA